AUGUCUUCGGCCGUCCAGCAGGUUUUCUCAUGCGGCAUCUACCACGCCCUGCCCACGUUUCCCCCCGAUGUCAAAGACCUCACGGCCAUCGUGACCGGCGCGAACGGCAUCUCGGGAUACUACAUGCUGCGGGUGCUCUCGCAGGCGCCCGAGCGAUGGAAGCGCAUCAUCUGCCUGAGCCGGCGUCCACCCCUGGUCCCGGGCGGCCUGCCGAAAAACGCAGAGCACAUCGCGGUGGAUUUCCUGAAGAAGCCCGACGAGAUCGCGGCCGUGCUCAAAUCCCACCAUGUCGACCGCGUGGACCACGUCUUCUUCUUCUCGUACAUCCAAGUCGAGCCCAAGCCGGGCCAGGGCCUCUGGAGCGACGCUGAGGAGAUGGCCCGCGUCAACACGCUGCUGCUGGAGAACUUCCUCGGUGCCCUUGUCCACGCUCAGCUCAAGCCGAAGCGCUUCAUGCUCCAGACGGGCGCGAAAAAUUACGGCGUCCACCUGGGCCCGACCAAGCUGCCGCAGGAAGAGUCCGACCCACGAGUCGAGCUGGAGCCCAAUUUUUACUAUCCCCAGGAAGAUGCCCUGUUCAAGUACUGCCGCGAACAAGGAGUCGGGUGGAACAUCCUGAUGCCGGGACCCAUUCUGGGUGCCGUCCCGGAUGCGGCCAUGAACGCUGCCUUCCCUCUGGCCGUCUAUGCCAGCGUCUGUCGCCACAUGAAUGCUCCGCUGGAGUUUCCAGCGGACACGGUGUCGUGGCAGGCGUAUUGCAGCAUGUCGAGUUCAAUGAUGAAUGCGUAUAUGGAGGAAUGGGCGGUCUUGACCCCAGCGGCGGAGAACCAAAAGUUCAAUGCUUGCGACAACAGUGCCUUCACGUGGGAGUCGGUCUGGCCCAGGAUUGCCGGCUGGUAUGGGAUCAAAUGGACCGGGCCCGACGAGAAGGCAGAGUACAUAGCGCGGGAAACACGUUUCAACCCCCGAGGAUAUGGUGGGAAAGGCGUGUCCCGGCGCAGAUUCACCUUUGCCGAGUGGGCAAAGAGGAAAGACGUGACACAAGCGUGGAAGGAAAUUGCAGAGCAAUAUCAGUUGCCCCAGAAGGAACUGAAGGAUGUGGAUCGCGUGUUCGGCUUUCUCGACGGUACCGUCUGUCGGGCAGCGCCCCUGGUAUUCUCGACAGACAAAGCUCGAAAACUGGGCUGGCACGGCUUCGUCGACUCGGCAGAAUCACUGUUGGAAGUAUUUGAAGACCUGGCCAAAUUAAAGAUGAUACCUCCUGUGCCCAAAGUAGAGGUCAAAUUCAAUUGA